CCGUCCAUCUGUUCAUUGGCCAGCUUUUGACAGUCAAGCUAUACGAGAGGAAUCACUACGGAAGUCGCUUUUCCGCACGGCCAAGGAGAACCACUUCGAAGAGGCUCGGAGUUAUCGUCACUCCUCCAAGACCCAUUGUUCAACGCAGAGAUUACGCGACUCGUCCUACACGUACGGAUUUUGCAGGUCCCCGAAAGAGAUUAUUGCCUGAGGCGCUGUACGAAGGCUAGAGGAGCAGGACUAGUCGCAUAUUCACAAUGCGAUUCUACGAGAAGAAGUACCCGGAUCAGGAUGAGUUGGUUGUCGUUCAGGUCGUCAGUAUAGAGGAGAUGGGAGCAUAUGUCAAAUUGCUCGAAUACGACAAUAUCGAAGGAAUGAUCUUGCUAUCUGAGCUCUCACGAAGACGUAUACGUUCAGUCCAGAAGCUUAUCAGAGUCGGAAGAAAUGAAGUCGUCAUGGUGAUGCGUCUGGAUCCAGACAAGGGCUAUAUCGAUCUUUCUAAAAGACGAGUCUCAGCAGAAGAAGUGGUCAAAUGCGAAGAGCAAUUCGAAAAGGGAAAGACUGUCAAUUCAAUCUUGUCCCAAGUGGCCAAGAAAGUCAAUGUGGAUGUGGAGGAAUUGUAUGAAAAGAUCGCAUGGCCAUUGCAUAGGCAAUACGGUCAUUCAUACGAGGCGUUCAAGGUAUCCAUAAGCGAGCCCGAAGUCUUCAGUUCCCUCUCCAUCUCUCCCGAAAUCCUCGCCGAUCUCAAAUCUACCAUUGCUCGUCGGUUGACACCUAAACCCGUCAAAGUUAGGGCGGAUGUCGAGGUCAAAUGUUUCGCUUAUUCCGGUAUCGAAGCUAUUCGUAAAGCGCUCAAAGCUGGAGAAUCUGAAUCGACAGAAGAGAUCAAGAUCAGCAUCAGACUCGUUGCCCCUCCUUUGUACGUCAUGACCACCACGUCGACGGAAAAAGUGAUCGCGAUGGACGUCAUGGAAAAGGCUGUCAAGAGGAUCGGAGAGGUCAUCGAACAGGAAGGAGGAGAUAUCACUAUCAAAAUGGCGCCCAAAAUCGUCAGUGAAUCCGAGGAUGCAGAGCUCAAAGCUCUCAUGGAUAAAUUCGGAGCUGCCAAUAUCCAGGGUGCUGGUGAUGAUGAUUCAGAGGACAGUCUAGAUGAUUAGAGGGACGUGCGAAUAGGAUGUAAGCCAAACAAAAAAGGGUUCAUCAGUAGAUAUCACCAUCGUUGAUGACUGUACGAGUCUAUGCAUAUAGCAAUCUUUUGCCGCCCGAGAGGUAUGAGCACGGCGAGCGCCAGCGAAUACAGUUGCGACACUUCUGACCACAACACGAGGUGACUCGACUGAUAUGC